AUGAGUAAGAAGGAAAGAUGGGAGAAGAUUCCUCCAAGAUGGUUACAUUGCCCACGAAAGGGUCAAGUCAUCGAGGAUACGUUUAUCCCAUUUAAAACUCCUCUAGAUGACAAAUACAAAGACCAGAUACCUGAUGAAUGCCUAUUUGAUGUGGAUAUGUUAUUUGCCUCCGUCAAACUUUAUAAAAAGAAGCUGGGACUCUUUGUAGAUUUAACCAACACAAAUCGAUUUUAUGAGAGUAAAAAAGUGGAAGAAUUGGAAUGUAAAUUUGUGAAAUUGUGUUGUAAAGGACGUGUGGAAACACCCACAAAGGAACAAACAGAGGCGUUUAUAAAUUUAUGUGCUCGUUUUAAAAACCAAAAGCCAUUAGAACUAAUAGGUGUCCAUUGUACACAUGGUUUUAACAGGACUGGCUUUCUAAUUGUAGCUUAUUUAGUGGAACGAUUUGACUGGAGUGUUGAAGCUGCAGUGAGAGCUUUCGCUGAGAUAAGACCCCCUGGAAUUUAUAAACAAGAAUAUUUAGACGAACUUUUUGGACGCUAUGGUGAUAUUGAUGACACGCCUGCAGCACCAGCACUUCCCGAUUGGUGCACGGAAGCCGACGACAGUGUGGAUGAUGAUGGGAAUUCCAUGAAUGAUGGGAAUUCCAGUCAGGGACCUAAAAAUGGAUCUACUGGAAAAUUUCGGAAAGAAUUUGUAAAGAAAGAUGCCAAAUUUAUGGAAGGGGUAGCUGGAGUUAAUAUAGUCACUUCCCAACCCAAAUUAAGUCAAAUUCAACGGAAGUGUCAAGAAAUGGCUGGUUGGAAGAAAAAUGGAUUCCCAGGUUCGCAACCUGUUUCCAUGGACAUUCAAAACCUAAAUUUUCUUCGUCAAAAACCUUAUAAAGUGAGUUGGAAAGCUGACGGGACACGGUAUAUGACAUUAAUUGAUGGGAGGGGCGAAGUAUACAUGAUUGACAGAGACAAUGCUGUUUUCCAAGUGGCUAAUUUAGAUUUCCCAAAACGUAAAGAUUUAUCUGCCCAUAUACGCGAUACCUUCGUAGAUGGAGAAAUGAUUUUAGAUAUGGUGGAUGGAAAAUCUGUUCCACGUUAUCUUAUUUAUGAUAUUCUCCGAUUUGAAGGGCAGGAAGUGGGAAAAACUGAUUUUGAUCGAAGAUUAUUGUGUAUCCAAAAAGAAAUCAUUGGUCCUCGCCAUGCCAAGAUUCAACAAGGAAUGCUGGAUAAGAACAUAGAAUCCUUCAGUGUACGUAGUAAACCAUUCUGGGAUGUUACAAUUUCCCAAAAACUUCUAGAGGGAAAAUUUUCCAAAGAGGUUAGUCAUGAAGUUGAUGGACUUAUUUUUCAGCCAGCCUCAGAUCCUUACAAGGCUGGUCGUUGUGAUGAUGUUUUAAAAUGGAAACCUCCAGAAUUGAAUUCAGUAGAUUUUAGACUGAAGAUCGUGAAGGAGAAUAAAGUUGGAUGUUUGCCAGAAACAAAGGGGUAUUUAUUUGUUGGUGGUCUGGAACCAGCCUUUGGAGAAAUCAAGGUGAAUAAAGAACUACGUCAGUUAGACAAUAAAAUAAUAGAGUGUAUGUGGGAUGGGAAGUACUGGAAAUACAUGCGACAAAGAACUGACAAGUCCUUCCCUAACAGUUUUAAUACAGCUAAAGGUGUUUGUGGAAGUAUAAGAAAUCCUGUAACAAAGGAAAUUCUCUUCCAAACUAUCAACAAUGAGAGAUGGAUGCCAAACGCUCACAGACAGAAACGACCUGGUGAUAAUAACUUAAUGCCACCCCCACCAUCAAAAAUAUCCAGACAUUAAAUAUCAUCUGAAAUUGCCCAAACUUGGCUGCCCAUUUUUACUUGAAUCAGAGUGAUAAAUGCAAUCACGAACAUCAGAAUUUCACACAAUCUGGCCUCAGGGCCACAAAACAUCUCUAUUGCUCAUCUGAGUUUUUACUCAAAUUUAUAAUGCCCCUUGCAUCAAAAAAAGUUAACAUUUUAAAGUAAUGUGAUAAUGCCAGAAACAUUGUGCAAUAAGGAUUGAUAUAUUUUCGUCUUUGAUACAAUCAGUAAUUCAUUUGUAAUAGCUGCUUCAAAUUUGAGUAAAAUCUCAGCUAGGUAUGACCCAGGGGUCUGAUUAAAAUGUGGAUGCUUUCCCCUGAUCUGUCUCAGUGGAGGAAUCAAAGAAUGAAACAUACAGAUCAAUGUUUU